AUGUCAGAGAAACGCAAGAAGAAAAGUGGAGCAGCUUGGAAGGUCGAGGAAGACGAGAAAUUAAAUAAAUCAAGAGCAUUUGUUGAACUCACUGAGUACAGAGCAAAUGCAGUGGACAAUGAUACACGUUUCUUUAUACUUGCCGAACUUCAUAUUAAGCUGUAUUCGUUACAAACAGAGGCACACACAUUGCAGUCCCGCUUUAGUGUCAGUCUUACAAGCUCGUUUGGUGCCACAAUCUCCAACUGGCUGUUUCUGAUCUGCUUCAACAUGCGUUUUUCUCUUUUCUAGUUUGCUUUUUCUAACUUGGACGUAAGGUGACAGGAUUGAUGCCACUUUGCACUUCAGUAACGUGUUUACUACUGUAGUGAUUUCAAUAUGAAACUUAAUGGACCUUGUCACGGUUUUCGACGCCAUCUUGACGAGUAGGCAAACAAGUGAGAAAUUACAGUGUUUGUAUGAGAAUCUAAUGUCGAAUAAUUUCCGUAGAACAGCUGUUCUGAAAAAAAAUACGAUUUGUAAACUAAAGCUUCACUCCUAAGGAUUCUCCUGAAAAAAUUUGAGGGCGUUACAUGCCCUAGAAGACCUAGAACCACUUUUUAAAAUUUUCUAUACAUUUGUCUGUAAGAAAGUCCCGGGAAAAUUACAGACAAAUAUAUGGAAAAGCUAAAGCAAGCCUCUGGAGAAAUUUAAGCACAGGUACGCCCCCCAAAUUUUUUAGAACAAUCCUUUGCUUUGUAGCUUUAGUUUACAAUUGAUAUUUUUUUCAGAACAGCCGUUUUACAGAAAUUAUUCUACAUUGGAUUCUCAUACAAACACUGCAAUUUCUCACGUGUUUGCCUACUCAUCAAGAUGGCGUCGAAAACCGUAACAAGGUCUAUUGCAACAAGACGGCACAGUCCUCUUUCUUGAAUUCUAGUAGAUUGUCAAGGAGCGGUCUAUAAAUAAUUGUUCCGUUAAAUCAAUGGGUUUCUCAGAUCCUCUCUUUUCGAUUCUCACCCUAGGUAAAUAUGACAACGAUCCCAACUGAAUUCCAUCUUGGUGUGUAGAAACUAGUUUUAACUCAAUCAUGAUAACACUGAAAUCAUGCUUAUCUUGUCGAUGUACCGUACUCGUCCACCCUUUAGCGACGUCAUUAUGGGUAAUGCAAGGCUAAGAACCACCACCAACAAAGCCUGGGAGUAGUAUUUGAUGACAACUUGCUGUUUGACGCACACAUCUCAGCAUUCUUUUGCAGAUUAUCGUUUCACCAACUCAGGAAUUUAUCAAAGAUAAGAAAGUGUCUCACACAGGAGUCUAGCGAAAUUGCAGUGCAUGUUUUUAUUACAUCUAAAACAGACUAUAAAUUGCAAUUCUUUGCUCUAUGGUUGUAG